GAAUAUGGAAGUUCUUUUCCAAGCUCUAUUUUGGUGUUCCCUCUUAAGAAGUUUGUUAGGAUUUGAAGUGUGCAAUGAAAAUUAUCUGGAUGGAUACAAACUUGACGGUUAUUUAGUGGCCACAUUAAGAGAUGUCGGUCCCAAUGCUUGCAUCAAGGAGUGUUUGUCGCGUCCCAACCAUUGCAUGUCUGUUAACUUUGACAGAGAACAUUUUAUUUGUGAAUUAAAUAGUGAAGCAGUUGAUGUCACCGUGGAUGGUACAGAAAAGAAAGCAUCUGCGUACAUCCAAAUGACCAGCCAAUAUAUGGAUUCAUUGGGAAAAUGUCAAAACAAUUCUUGUUUAGAGUCUUUCAAGUGUGAGGAAACUGAUAGACAGGCAGUUUGUAUUGCUACAGAAUGCCCGGCCGGAACCUACGGCAGGGAUGGACAAUGUCUCCCCUGUCUCCCGGGACAAUUCAACGCAGGUUCUGGAAGACAAUGGUGUGCCCUCUGUGCCGCGGGAUCUUACCAGGACCAGUCAGGGUCUACUGCCUGUAAACCAUGCAGUGUAGGGCAUUACCAAGACGAGAUCGGACAAACUUCGUGCAAGCCUUGUGAUAAGGGAAUGUUUGCUGACGCCCCUGGGAGGGCUGCUUGUACAAACUGCGUGGCUGGGACCUACCAGGACAAGAUUGGCCAAUCCUCGUGCCCUGCCUGCUCACCUGGUCAUUACUCUGGGGUGGCGGCUCUCGUCUGUAUACCCUGCAGUGUAGGACACCACCAGCCCUCAUCAGGAGGUGCAAAUUGUUCCCCUUGCAGUGCAGGAUCAUAUCAAGACAAGACAGGACAGGCAAAUUGCGUCCUCUGUCCGAAGGGGAACUACCAGUCAAACACUGGACAGACCUCUUGUCAAAUCUGCCCAAUAGGGACUUCUCAAAACAACGAAGGCGGUGCAACUUGUCCUCCGUGUAGUCCGGGGUCAUAUCAAGAUAAAACAGGACAGCACACUUGUACUUUAUGUCCGAAAGGAAAUUUCCAGUCUAAUCAAGGACAAACCUCUUGUGAGAUAUGCGCCGUUGGAACAGCUCAAAGUGCCGAGGGAGGUGCAACUUGCCCCCCCUGUGAUCCAGGGUCAUACCAAGAUAAAACAGGACAGCACACUUGUAUCUUAUGUCCGAAAGGAAAGUUCCAGUCUAAUCAAGGACAAACCUCUUGUGAGAUAUGCGCCAUUGGAACAGCUCAAAAUGCCGAAGGCGGAGAGACGUGUCCUCAAUGUAAUGCUGGAUCAUACCAAGACAAGACAGGACAAACCACAUGUAUACUUUGUCCUAAAGGGAAGUACCAAUCUGCUUCUGGAAUGACAUCAUGUAAACUCUGCCCCGUGGGAACCUUUCAGAAUGCCGAAGGCGGAGACAUUUGUCCUGCGUGUAAUACUGGUUCAUACCAGGACAACACCGGACAGACCGCGUGCGUUCUGUGUCCGGCAGGGAAGUACCAGUCGGAAACAGGACAACCUUCUUGUAAGAUUUGUUCUGUUGGGACCUCCCAAAGUGCUGAAGGUAGCAACAUCUGUCCAGAAUGCAGUGCAGGAUCGUACCAAGAUAACACAGGGCGAACCGCCUGUAAAUUAUGUCCAGUUGGGAUGUACCAAGCAGACACUGGGCAGACUGGUUGUAUACCAUGUGAAGCAGGAACCUAUCAAAGUACUGAAGGUGGCGCUUUUUGUCCGAAAUGCAGCACAGGAACAUAUCAACCUGACAGUGGCCAGACAAGCUGCACCCUUUGUUCAGUGGGGACAUACUCAUCGUCCAUGGGGCAGACCUCUUGUACAUCGUGCGCUCCCGGGUCAUACCAAGACUCUGCCGGGAAAGCAACGUGCAAAUCCUGUCAACUUGGAACCUAUCAAAGUAAAUGGAAACAAACUAGUUGUGUAUCCUGUCCAGCGAAUCGGUACCAAGAUCAAAAGGGGCAAUCUUCUUGCAAACCGUGCUCUGGAGAUACUAAGUGUAUCAACUCGGCCCAGACAGCGUGUAUCAACUUGGCCCCAAUUCAAUACUCAUACUGUACAUCUGAAAAGUGGGUCGGAUAUAAGACGUUUCAGGCCUGUAAACAGUACUGUUUGGAUAUGGGACCCAGUUGUUUUGGAGUAGUAUAUCCAAUGAACAGCGCAACUUGGUGUUACUGGUGCCCCAAUACGGUCCAAGCGUACUAUAAAAGCAGUAACUACUGGGAGUUGACUGGGUGUAUGUGAAUUAAAGAACUGAACUCAUCAACUGAAUUGUCAGUGUAAAAACCACCUUAUUCUAAGAAUACUCUACUUUUUUAAAGUUAACUUAGAAAUCUUCGUCAGAAUUUAGGGUAAAAGUACAAUUUGUACUAUCCCCUUUAAAUAUUUAAGUACAAAGUAUAAAGAAAUGCUUUGAAGACAAAAA